UCUCCUUCCUUAGCUUCCCGACGCUUUCAGAUCGCUAGAGGGCGCUGUAGAGAUCUACCGGAAGUCAUAGAAAGGAAGUAAUACUCAUAGCUUUGCGAUUUGUUUACGUAUGUUCACAGGUUAAUCUUUUAACUAAGUAACUAUUUAUUUAUAGUAUUAUUAAUAGAACAAUUUAAAAAAUAGUUAAAUACACCAACAUGCCUUAUUGUUCCACAUGGGAAGAGUUUGCUAAAUCUGCUGAAAGACUUUAUAUUCAAGAUCCAAUGAAAGUAAGGUUUAGUAUGAAGUAUCGCCAUUGUGAUGGGAAAUUGGUUAUUAAAAUUACAGAUAAUGUUGCUUGUUUUAUGUACAUGACAGAACAUACUCAAGAUGUAAAGAAAAUUGAGAAGCUCACAAGUCAACUAAUGAGGCAUAUGGCAUCAAAGGAAAAAUAAUGUGUUGUCAUAAAUUGUAUUAAAUUCAAAUUUGUAUAUAGCUCAUAAGCAAUUAAAUUUUGUAAUGUUUCCA